GAGAGAGAGGCGAAGAGAGAAAAGUUAAUCAACAUCAUUGGUAUCAACACUCAUGAUAGAUUCGUUAUCGUUAACAGGUCGUAUCAGUAAAUAUACAGAGAGAGAGCAAAAAAAUCUAGUGAUAAGUAAAGAGAGAGGAUCAUCCUCAUUAUCAUCAUCGUAAUAAUUGUCAUCUUAGUCAAAAACAUCAUCUCAAAAUCUAGUGUGACAAAAUCAUCAAUUGCAUCAAUCACUGGCAUCAUCAUCAUAAUCAUCACCAUUUGCAUCAUUGUGACAGCAGCAAAAAACUAAUCAACUAAAUCAAUUUCAUUUGUUUACUUCAUUUACCUGAGAUCAAGUGUCAUCAUUGUUUUUAAUUAAACCAUCAAACUAAAAUGUAAUUGUGUAAAAUUAGUGUUAAAUCAAUGUAAAUGAUUUAAAUUGUGUAUGUGAUUUAAUUGUUUCAUCAAAUCGUCAACGAAUUAACCCAAAAAAAAAAAACUUUUGACCUUCUCAAGUGCAGAGAAACAAGAAAAUCAACCAGAAUUUUUUUCCCUCUCAGUUAAAUAUCAUAAUCUUUAUCUCUUUGUCUUUUAAUCUGAGCAUCAAUCAUCGUUAAUCCAUCCAACAGAGAGAAAGAGAGAAAAAAAUAAGAUAAUAAUAAAAUGCCAGCCUAUGGUUCAGUUGAACCUGUUGUCUCAAUUCCCAAAUAUAAAGGUCGAUUUAGUAUCACUAACCUUGACCUUAAUGCGGUGAAUGUUGACCCUGGUGGAUAUGAGAAUCCAGCAUUUACUGGUGACUGUGGUUCGGUUCCACCUUCACCAGCACCAUCGAUACUUUCAAUGUCCAAUCCUGUGGUUCCACCUAAAAAUCGUAAAUCAUCAAUCAUCUUCCCUUCUUACCUUCGUCGUAAUAAUGUCAACAAUGACAUUGAUAACCUUUCAACUUUACAAACAGAAUCAACUAAUAAUCUUCAAGUUUAUACAACCAUUAAUCAUGAAUCAAUUCCAAGGAUGGAAAAUUAUUAUCGUGAAUUAGGUAUCAGGUCAACUCGACCCACAAUUGAUGAACUUCAUGAGCCCAUGAAAUAUGAUUUAACUAUCAAUACUGAACAUUCAUUCACCAAAAAUGGUCAACCCAACGAUAUUACGACCUGGUCAACAACCGAAAUUGGUCCAGCUAAAGUUCAACAAACACCAGGAUUGGCAGCGGUCAAGUUCGGCUGGUUCGAAGGUGUUUUCGUUCGGACAACGGUCAAUCUUCUUGGAGUUAUGUUGUUUCUACGAAUGGGAUGGAUGACCGGAAGAGCGGGGAUCGUUGUUGCACUCUUACAAAUAUUCAUUUCAACGGCGAUUACAUGUUUGACUACCCUGUCAAUGAAUGCUCUCUGUACCAAUGGAGAUAUUGGAGCAGGUGGAAUCUACUCAAUGAUAUCUCGUAGCCUUGGUCCAGAAGCAGGAGCAAUGAUCGGGGUUAUAUUUGCCUUGACCAAUGCAGCUUUUGUUGGAUUAAAUUUGAUCGGUGCUGCUGAAGCUGUUGUCCAAAUAUUUGAUCAUUUCGAUAUUGGCAUAAUCUCAGUACCUCAUUGUGAUAAUGAUGUCAGAUUAGUUGGUCUAAUAUUUUUGGUUCUAAUUGCAAUUAUACCGAUGAUUUCGUUAUCAUUUGAAGCCAAGACCCAAACAUUUUUCCUAAUUCUUUUGGUCAUUUGCAUAUUUGACUAUAUUGUUGGGGUCAUUUUACCGCCAACAAUUGACCAGCAAGCAAAAGGUUUCAUUGGUUGGAGUAAUGAGGUUGCAAUGUCCAAUAUGUGGCCUAAAUUUAUAGCGGGUGAAGGUUUUUUCACUGUAUUCGGUGUAUUUUUCCCUUCGGUAACACCAAUUUUUACCGGUGCCUGUAUGUCAGGUGAUCUUCGUGAUCCCGCCGGUGCAAUACCAAAGGGAACCUUUUAUUCAAUCUUUGCCACCUCUGGUACCUAUGCUCUGUUUAUCAUAAUCCUUGGAUGGACAGUGGUCUCUUAUUCAACUGGAAACAUAAUCGGCUACCCGUUUACCAAUAUUACCGCUUGUGACGAUUCAUCAGCUUGUCCCUUUGGUUUAAUCAAUGAUUACAAUACGGUUGCUCUUUCCUCUGGUUUAUCACAUGUUGGCCUUGAAAUUGAACCAUUCAUCUAUAUCGGUAUAUUGGCCGCUUCCCUUUCCUCCGCUCUUGGUUGUUACAUGGCUGCACCAAGAAUCUUCCAAUCAUUUGCCGAAGAUGGCCUAAUACCGGGUAUCUCUUGGUUUGCCAAAGGUUAUGGUCCAUCAAAUGAUCCACGUCGAGGUUACCUUUUAACCUUUGUCGUUGCCGGUAUUUUCACCGCCAUAGGUAAUCUUAACCUGAUUGCUCCCUACAUUUCAAACUUUUACCUGAUCUCAUUUUUCCUGGUCAACAUUACCUGUUUCCAUGCUGCAUGGGUCAAGACACCCUCAUUUCGACCUGCAUUCAAAUAUUUCAAUAAAUGGGUCUCAUUUAUCUCAGCGGCACUUUGCUUCCUGUUAAUGUUUCUACUUGACUGGGUUUCCGCUCUUGCAGCGUUAAUUUUAAUGCUAAUCAUUUGGUUGUACAUUUCAAAGACAGAGAUUAAUGUUAACUGGGGAACAACCUCAGAAGCUCAACUAUUUAACCUUGCCCAUGGGUCAGCAAUGAAAAUGUAUUGGGCUGAAGAGCAUGUUAAAAACUAUCGUCCCAAUAUUUUACUACUAACAGGUAAUCCCUCUGCUCGACCUGCACUUAUCGAUAUGGCCGCUUCAUUGACCCGUGAUUAUGGUAUGCUUUUCUUGGGUCACAUUAAAAGAGGUCCAAUAUCCUUUGAGACUCGUAAGAAGGCAAAUGCAGCACAAAAAGUUUGGCUUCGAAUGAGAAAAGUUAAAGCAUUUUAUGUUCUAAGUGAAGGUGAAAAUCUACUCGAUGGUUGCCAACGAAUGAUUCCAACUGUUGGCCUUGGUAAAUUGAGUCCAAAUAUCGUGAUGAUGGGAUACAAAAGUAAUUGGCAUGAGAAAGUUAAAGAUCCAAAGGAUUUACAAGACUAUUUCAAUGUUAUUCAUUACUGUCUAGAUGAACAUAUAUCGUUGGCUAUCUGUCGAGUUCAGGAAGGUUUCGAUUUCUCUGAAUUUUUCUCUUCCGUUUCAUUGGAGAAGAAAAAACCUUACGAGGAAACAAUUCGACCUGAGGAUUCAAAGUUUAAUUUCAAAUUUGUCCAGAAAAUUGCUGCCACCGAGGAGAUGGAGAAACGUUCAUCUAUUAUUCCAGUUCAGGUUCUUGAUUCAGUGAAUCAAUUUCAAAAGACACAGAAAAAGGGAACUAUUGAUAUUUGGUGGCUCUACGAUACCGGAGGAAUCGCCCUUCUAUUAGCAUGGCUUCUGAGAAAUACUCGUAAUUCCCUGUGGUAUGGAUGUAAAAUGAGGGUAUUCUCAGUAACCAGAACUGAUAUUGAAACCGCCAAGUCAAAUUUAACGGCAUUACUAUUGAAAUUCAGGAUUCCAUUUGCAAAUGUAACGGUACUUUCGGAUGUUGAUGUUCAACCAUCAGAUGAAAGUAAAAUGCAAUUCCGUAAUCUGAUUGAAGAUUGGAUGGAGAUUGGCAACGAUGAGAAUGGUAAUCAAAGUAAACCUUCAAUAAAGAUAACCAAAGAGGAGCUGAAUACUUUAAAAGAUUUGACUAAUAGGCAUAUUCGGUUGAGAGAAUUGCUUCUUGAGUACUCCCAAGAUGCCUCAAUGAUAUUUAUGACUUUACCUAUUCCUCGGCGGGAUUGUACCUCAGCUCCGCUCUACAUGGCCUGGUUAGAGAUGUUGACCCAAAAUAUGCCACCGUUUAUAUUGGUUCGUGGUAAUCAGACCAACGUGUUAACCUUUUACUGUUGAAAAAAUUGUUCUCCAUCAUUUAGAACUCGAACAAUUUUCAAUCCUAAUCAAUCAUCAUGAAUUGAAAUCGCUGAAUGAUUAUCAUGAUCACCAUUAUUAUUUACCUUUCAUCAUCAUUAGUUUAUUAUUAUUAUUCUUAUUAUUAUUAUCUUUUAAUUGCUUCCAUCCAAAGAGCAUAAACAUUUUCCAUUAGAAUCAAUUUUCUUUAGCAAUUAACUUUGCAUUUUUUUCUUCUCUCAUUUUUUUGGCUAAAUUGUUUAGAUUUUUGCUCUUUUCUUUUCGUUUCUCAAUCAACUAUUAAUUAUUUCAAUAGAUAAUUUUGAUUAAUCGUCUUAAUUGUUGCCACUUCUCAGUUGAUGAUUUUCAAUCAACACUUCAUGUUAUAUAUAUAAACCAUUUCAUUCAUUAUCAUCCUUCAUCAUUAUCCUAAAUUGACACAAUCAAUUAACUAUUAUCAACUUAUAUAAAAGUCUCUCUCUAUAUAUAAUUAAUUGAUAACGAAAUUCAAUUCCCUCGAAAAAAAGUAUUUUGUAAAAUUGACUCUUAAACAAUCAAAACCACAAUUUAAAAUUUCAUUUCUUAUCAAUUGAAAUUACGAAAAAUAAAUGAUACCAAAACGUUUUAUUCAAGAA